UCACUAGUGUUUUAAAAAAUGAAUCUGUGAUAGAAAAUAGUGAAUUCUCUCGAGUUAUUCCCAAGUUAAAGUCCAAAAUAAAACGUUACCAGAUUAAAUAAUUUGUUAGUGAGAGUGAGAUAAAACGUAAAAGUAUGGCGACGUGGGAGAGUGAUAAAUUUUCGGAUCAUUUAAAUUCCGUUAGUAUUGAUAAUAAUUUUGAUGGUGUUCUUAUAACCCAUGAUUUACAGGAUUGUUUGGAUGACAGUCUUGAUCUUUCGAAUUUUGAUAAAGUUUAUGAUCAAUCGGUUAUUUCAUUUAAUAACGACAAUGAAAAAUAUAACGAGGAUGCUUCUUAUAUUUCGAAAUUGUCUGAUGACAGUUCAGGAUAUAUACAUCAUACAAUCAGCCCAAAUGAAAUUUAUAUGCGAAUACAUCCAGGACAAGAUGAUUUUAUGCCAGACGAUCCAUCUCAUGCGACAAUUACUAUCGAGAGUACUGAUCCAGAUACCAAUCAAAAACACAUUAGUCGUUACGAAUGUAAAUAUGACGGCUGUUCACGUACAUACAGUACUGUUGGUAACUUGAGGACUCAUAUGAAAACACACAAAGGUGAAUUUCGUUUUAAAUGUGCUGAACCAAAUUGCGGGAAGGCUUUCCUUACAUCCUACAGUCUUAAAAUUCACGUACGAGUACAUACUAAAGUUAAACCAUUUGAAUGUAAUCACAAUGGCUGUGAAAAAGCAUUCAAUACUUUGUAUAGACUACGAGCACACCAAAGAUUACACAGUGGUAAUACAUUUAAUUGUGAAGAAACUGGAUGCGUUAAAUUUUUUACAACACUAAGUGAUCUUAAAAAACAUACACGCACUCACACUCAAGAACGACCAUACAAGUGUAGAGAAAAAGGAUGCGGAAAAGCAUUUACUGCAUCCCAUCAUUUGAAAACUCACAAGAGAACUCAUACUGGAGAAAGACCUUACACGUGUUCGUAUGAUCAUUGCCAAAGAUCAUUUACUACUCCGCAUAGUUUAAAAAGCCAUAUGAAGACACAUAAAAAAAUUAUCGAUGGCGAGACACGAAAAGAUGAAUUGUCGACACUGAAAUCCGUAAAUGAAACAAAACCUUCAGCUUCAGCUUCAUUUACUUUAAUUAAUAAUACAGAUAUGCCGUAUGAAACAAAUAAUAAUAAUAAUAAUAACAAUAAUGAAAUCGAGAAUAGUAAUACAAUAUUGCAUAUCGAUUCUUUGAAUGAUAAUUUAAAUUUCGAUUUGCCAAAUCCAAAUAUAGAACAAAUAAAUAGUACAAAUAAUAUAUUAGUAGAGACAGGAUUUUUACCAAAUGAUAAGAUAAUUGAUGAUCAAUUAGCCAAAGAUAAUUUUAAUAAUAAUGACACAUAUGAAAAAUUAAAUAUUUUUAUAGAUAAUAUUUGUGUACAAGAUAGAAAUAAGCUAGACCAAUUGAUAUUGUCUACUGAUACUUUAUUGGAAAGUUCAGGAAAACCAAAUUCUCCGCCAUUAAAUUUAGAGCAAAAAAUAAUACGCGAUGGUAUACAAAAUACUAUCGAACAAUUAACUGAAGUAUCAGAAACACAGAAUAUUUUUGAUAAUUUAAAAACAAAUAAUAGUAAUGAUAGUAUUGAUAUUAACAAACCAUGUCAAUUGUUUGAAGACAAUCUUCAGGCACUUGAUUUUCCGAGUGAAACAAAUUUAUUACCUCAAAUAAUUGAUAACGAACAUCAAUCAGAGGCAGUUGAAUUAGCGAUCGCAUCUGAAGAAGAGAUUCCAUCACCUUGGAUUGAUGUUAUGGCAUUAGAAGCAGCACCACCGGCAUUAAGAACAGAAUCUUGGGAACAAGUCAAUGCAUUUCCUACAGCUGUUCAUUCACUUGUUGAUUUAAUUGGUCCAGAACCAUAUCCGCUUGAAUUAAAAAAUAAAUUAGAGACUACGGAAACUGUUAAUAAAAUAACAACUGAGUUUACGGUAUCGCCAAAGAUUACUACUGUUAAUAAAAAUGAUAGUAUUACAAUAAAUAGUACCAGUAAAAUUAAUAAUAAUAAUAAUAGUAAUAAUAAUAAUAAUAAUAAUAAUAAUAAAAGUGAGAGAAAUAUAUUACAAGAAAUAACAGCUGAUGCAGAUAUAUGUAAGUGCAUUGACUGUAAAUGUAAUGAAACAAAUAAUUGUCAAAAUUGCUUGACAGAAUCGUCGGAUUUUAACAGAAAAAUAGACGAUUUACCAGAGCUGAAUAUUGUCAAUGAAAUUGUUGAAUGUUUACAGCGUCAAUGUGCAAGUGAUAGUAAUGUAUCUGAUGAUAAUAGUGAAUGCUGCGUUGUAAUAUGUUUGAAAACAUUGAAAAAACUACAGCGAGUAUUUAAACAAAACUGUUGUAGAGAAAUAGAACGAACUGGGUGUUGUAAUAAACAGACUGAACGUUCUAACUUGUCGUUUACGAUCGGUAAAAGUCAGUUGGCUAAUAAUCAGUAGAAAUACUUUUAUUGAGAUAAAUAAUUACUAGUCAAUUUUAUAAUGAGCUUAUGACUUACUUUAUUGAUUAUUGUUAAUGAGUGUGAAUUAGGGUGGUUGUAAAAAUUAAAUUUUAUCAGGCGCCCUAUAAAGAGCUUUUUUUUAGUGAAAAAAUAAGUGGGGAAUUUAGUUUUUUCUUUUUAAAUAAAAAGAACACGUGGUUCAGGACGAUAAAAGUUCAUUUUUCUAUACAGUUAAGGUUUUUUUUAAAUAUCUCAUGAAAUAUGCAGAUUAAAGGAAAAAACUAUGGAACUAAUUUUGUAGGAAAUUAAAUUCUUGACAAGAAAGGUCAUGUUCAUUUUUUUUAUAAAAAGUGUAUUUACGAAGAUAUUUAAAAAAAACUUUUUUAAAUCUUAUAAAUUGAGCAUUUAAAGAAUUACGAAUAGACAACUUCGUAACUCGUAACAUAUCAAUCAUAAAUGCUUGUUAUUGUUACUAUGUACCAAGGUUGCGAAUUCUUUGAUGAGAAUAUUUGCAAUUAAAAAUUAAAUUUUUAAUCUGGAAUUGAAAUUAUAUCGAUUAAAAUUACGAAAUUAAUUAUUAAUUCAACAACUUGAAUUGAAAAAUUAAUUUUAAUCCAGAGACGUGGGAUUGAAAAUUUAAAAAUUAAUAUUUGAUUCGGUACGAGGAAUUCAAAAUUCAAAAAUUUAUUUAAAUGUACACACGUGGGAUUAAAAAUCGAAAAAAUAAUUUCUAAUCAGACAAGUGAAAUUAAAAAUUAAAAAAUAAGUUUUUAAAUUGACACGUGGGUUUAAAAUUUCAAAAAUUAAUUAUAAUUUAAACACGUGGGAUCAAAAAUUGGAAAUUACUUUUUAAUUCAGAUACGGUACGCAAUCAGAUAAGUAAUCAAGACAAAAAAUUUGACAGCACUUACAACAGGAAAGAAUACUUUUACUUGAUCUUCAAGUUUAAAUAUUUUUAAACUUACUCUUGAUUGUCAGAUAUAAUAGAAUUUGAAACAAAAAAAUCAUUCAUAGUUGAGCCAUUUAAGAAUUAAAUUUUCUAAAUAAUUUUCAGUGUAAACAGAGAAUUUAAACUUAAAACAACACACUAUUCCGAUGUUCGGAAUGAAAAUUUUUUAUUUAAUUUUUAAUUCGAAAAUAGUAAAUUAAAAAACAGAAUGUAAUUUUUUAAUGCCCUUUAGAUAUGGCUAAUUAAAAUUUUUGAUUUACUUUUCAAUUAUUAAAUAUGGAAUUGGAGAUUAGAAAGUAAUUUUUUAAUUUGGUUUUCCGAAUUGAAAUUUUUUAUUUAAUGUGUCAUUUGAAAACGUAGAUUUAAAAACCAAGUCAUUACAUUUUAACGCUACUUCACGAAUUGAAAAUUGGAAAUUUUAUUUUUAAUUCAAAAAUGUUGGAUUAAAAAUUAAAAAAUUAUUUUCAAUUCAAAGAUAUUGAAUUGAAAAUUGAAAAAUCAUUUUUAAUUUGCUGUUUUUUGAUUAUGAAAUAUAAAAAAAAAUUUAAUUGAAGCACUAAUGCAAUUACAAAUUUAAUGCACUAUUUACAAACCUGCUAUAUACUAAAUAAAUGUUAUUUUCAAAAUUUGUAAUACUUAAAACGCUCAAUUGAUAAGAUCUAAAAAAAGUUUUUUUUUAAAUAUCUUCAUAAAUACACAUUUUAUAGAAAAAAUGAACAUAAUCUUUCUUGUCAAGAAUUUAAUUUCCUACAAAAUUAGUCCCAUAGUUUUUUCCUUUAAUCUGCAUAUUUCAUGAGAUAUUAAAAAAAAACCUCACCUGUAUCGAAAAAUGAACUUUGAUCGUCCUGAGGCUCGUAAUUUUUUCAUUUAAAAAAAAAAAAAAUCAAAUUUCCUCACUUAUUUUUUUAUUAAAAAUAAGUUUUUUAUGAGGCGUCUGAGAAAAUUUAAUUUUUAACGACCACUCUAGUGUUAAUGCAGUAGACAUCAGACAAAUUUAAAAUUAUAAAUAAAUAGAGUAAAUAAUUAAAAAAAUAAAAUUUAUAAAAAAUUUACUCAUUAAUUUCAAAUUUUUUUGAAUGUGCAUUUUUUUAAAUUUAAUUUUAUUAAUUAUUUACUCUAUUCAUUAAUAAUUUUCAAUUUGUCUGAUGUCUGCUGCAUUCACACUCGUAAUGUAGCAGACAUCAGACAAAUUUAAAAUUAUAAAUAAAUAGAGUAAAUACUUAAUAAAAUUAAAUUUAUAAAAAAUCUACUUAUUAAUUUCAAAUUUUUUCAAAUGUGCAUUUUUUUAAAUUUUAUUUUAUUAAUUAUUGACUCUAUUCAUUAAUAAUUUUCAAUUUAUUUUAUGUCUGCUGCAUUCACUCUCAUUAUUAUUGAUUGAUAUAAAAAAAAAAAUUAAAUGGCUAUUGUUUUGCAUUUAGUGGUUGUUGCUUGAACAAAAAUAAUAUUAUUUUUAAUUAAGUUUAGUAAGACUUCUUAAGUAUUAAAAAAUAAAUUAGAAUUUAUUUAAAUAUUUAAUUUUAUUCAAAAAACAUUUUAUAAGAGAAAAAAAACGUUUGUUAUAAUUUUUAUUAUUAAAUUAUUUAUGUAAAUGUUAUUUUUUAAAAAUAUAUUUUUAAUUUGAUUAAUGUAAUUAAAAGUUCUUAGUCAUUUUAUUUUAAACAAUUAAAAGAAGUCUUGUAUAGAAUUAUAUUU